GUUCCUACCCGGAAGGGGGGGGGCCGAAAGCCUGCGGAACGGCAACAUGGCGCGUUCCGGGAAUAAGGCAGCUGUUGUGCUGUGCAUGGAUGUGGGCCCUGCCAUGAACAACUCCUUUGCUGGUGAAGAAUCACCAUUUGAAUUGGCAAAGAAGGUGAUGACCAUGUUUGUGCAACGACAGGUGUUUGCUGAAAACAAGGAUGAAAUUGCAUUAGUCCUUUUUGGUACAGAUGGCACCCAGAAUGCCCUAGCUGGUGAGGGUCAGUAUCGGAACAUCACUGUGCACAGACACCUGAUGCUUCCGGAUUUUGACUUGCUGGAGGACAUUGAAAGCAAAAUCCAACUAGGUUCUCAACAUGCUGACUUUGUGGAUGCCCUCAUCGUGUGCAUGGACGUGAUUCAACAAGAAACUGUAGGGAAGAAGUUUGAGAGAAGGCAUAUUGAAGUGUUCACUGACCUCAGCAGCCCAUUCAGCGAAGAUCAACUGGAUAUUAUAAUUCAGAACUUGAAGAAAUUUGGCAUCUCCCUGCAAUUCUUUUUGCCUUUCCCAGUUGGCAAGGAAGAUGGAACUGGGGACAGCGGAGAUGGCAACUUGGGCUCAGGCCACUGUGGACCCUCCUUUUCUUUAAAAGGAAUCUCUGAACAGCAAAAAGAAGGUAUUCGGAUAGUGAAAAAAAUAAUGAUGUCUUUAGAAGGUGAAGAUGGGCUGGAUGAAAUUUAUUCCUUCAGUGAGAGUCUGAGACAGCUGUGUGUCUUUAAGAAAACUGAGAGGAAUUCCAUGCCCUGGCCCUGUCAACUAACCAUUGGUUCCAGUUUAUCUAUAAAGAUUGUGGCUUAUAAAUCGAUCACACAAGAGAAAGUUAAAAAGGCUUGGACAGUUGUGGAUGCAAGAACCCUGAAAAGAGAAGAUAUACAAAAAGAAACAGUGUACUGCUUGAAUGAUGAUGAUGAAACUGAAGUUCCAAAAGAAGAUAUUAUUCAGGGGUUCCGCUAUGGAAGUGAUAUUAUUCCUUUCUCUAAAGUGGAUCAAGAACAAAUGAAAUAUAAAUCUGAGGGGAAAUGCUUCUCUGUUUUGGGAUUUUGUAGAUCUUCUCAGGUGCACAGGAAAUAUUUUAUGGGACAUCAAGUUCUAAAGGUUUUUGCAGCAAAAGAUGAUCAGGCAGCAGCAGUUGCACUUUCCUCCCUGAUUCAUGCUUUGGAUGAAUUGGACAUGGUGGCCGUAGUUAGAUAUGCUUAUGACAGAAGAGCUAAUCCUCAAGUUGGUGUGGCUUUUCCUUAUAUCAAGGACACCUAUGAGUGUUUGGUGUAUGUGCAGCUGCCUUUCAUGGAAGACUUGCGGCAAUACAUGUUUUCAUCCUUGAAAAAUAAUAAGAAAUACACUCCCACAGAGGCACAGUUGAGUGCUGUUGAUGCUUUGAUUGACUCCAUGAGCUUAGUAAAAAAAGAUGAAGAGGAGGAUACCAUUGAAGACUUGUUUCCAACCACCAAAAUUCCAAAUCCUCACUUUCAGAGAUUAUUUCAGUGUCUGCUGCAUAGAGUUUUACAUCCCCAGGAACCGCUGCCUGCAAUUCAGCAGCACAUUUUGAAUAUGCUGGAGCCCCCCAUGGAAGUAACAGCUAAAUGUCAAAUUGCUCUCUCGAAAAUAAAAACCCUUUUCCCUUUGACAGAAGCCAUCAAGAAAAGGGAUCAGGUAACUGCCCAGGACAUUUUCCAAGAUAACCAUGGAGAAGGACCCACCUCUAAAAAAUUCAAGACCGAGGAAGGGGGGGCCAACUUUAGUAUCUCCAGCCUGGCGGAAGGCCACGUCACCAGCGUUGGAAGUGUGAAUCCUACUGAGAACUUCCGUGUGCUAGUGAGGCAGAAGAAUACCAGCUUUGAGGAAGUGAGUCACCAACUAAUAAAUCGCAUUGAGCAAUUUUUGGAUACUAAUGAGACACCUUAUUUUAUGAAGAGCAUGGACUGUAUUAAAGUCUUCCGUGAAGAAGCCAUUCAGUUUUCAGAAGAGCGGCGCUUUAACGACUUCCUGAAAGCCUUGCGAGAAAAAGUGGAAAUGAAACAAUUAAACCAUUUCUGGGAAAUAGUCAUCCAGGAUGGAGUUACUCUAAUCACCAAAGAUGAAGCCUCUGGAAGCUCUGUCACAGCUGAGGAAGCCAAAAAGUUUCUGGCCCCCAAAGAAAUUCCAAAUGAAGAUACUGCAGCCAAAUUUGAAGAAGGUGGUGAUGUGGACGACUUACUGGACUUGAUAUGAGCAUGGACAUGUGAGGAAUCUACAAGAAUUGCCAUCCCUGACAUGCCGGGAGCUCUGCCCGGAACAAGCUGGAGGAAGCCAUUAAAGGAGAACCCGAAGCACUGGAAAUGGUCCCUGCAGGUUAUGCAGAAAUGAAUCUCUUUAAUUCUUUCUAAAAUGAACAUACACACAAAUAAGAAAUAAUUUCGACCCCGUACCGGUUUAUAAAGAGUCAUUGUUAUUUUCUGAUCAGUGAAUUGAUUCUUUUGUGGUCUUUUUGAUCUUGGCAUAUUACCCACAUAGUUUGAAGUUUCUGACGAAUGGAGUUCAUCUUGACAGGGUAUAUUGGCAAGGACUGCAGCCUUCCUGAAGUUAUCUCAUCCGAAACUGGCAUAGUCAGUGGUGAGUUUCUCAGUCUUUCCCAGUGAAACUGAGCAAACCCAGGGGAAUCACCCAGUUGGUGAGUCCUCAACUGCAUGCUUACAGCUGCAGGAUAUGACCCAAAAGCAGUGAAACAACAAUAACUGUGUGUGUAUACACAGGGAGUGAGAAGAAAGGAGAGAAAAUUCAGUCUGGCUCGGGGCCAGAUGCUCCCUGUCCUUUCCAGACAGCAUCCACUCAGCAGAGACCAAGGUCCAAGCCAAAGUCUUAUGUGUCCAGCUGGUUGCUUCUCCAGAGACACCCCCUCACAAGUGGUUUAACUGCCACAAGCCUCAACCCUGCCCCUUUUUCCCAUCAGCCCCUGCUCAGGAGGUAGAGUUUGGAAAGCUCCACCUUCUACCACUGAGUUGACAGUGAGUGCCACCCGGGCCCAGAGACUGCUCCUCACUAUUCCUCUCACACCAGGAGAUGUAAUCCGUUGUCUGAUCCUCCACAGUCACAGCUUAGGCCCAUCAAUCCACGGCAUUUGUUUCCUGCCAACAGAAAGCUGGAGUUGGAAAAUCAUGCUUAAGGACUGACCCAUUUCUCUUUUUAUUUAAGCCGUUCAGUCUCCAUGUUACUUUGGCUAUAGGUAUCGGUGGCUUUCCUUCAGCAUGGUGCACAGUUUGCCAGCAUAUUCGUUUCAAGCAGUGGAUCAUGCUGAUGUUCUCAAAAAAGAGGCUUUUGGCUCAGCUUCUGACUUAUCAGUUAACCUUAAAAAGGGGGUGGGGGUGGAGAGGAAUGGAUAUUCACCAGCCAUAGCAAGGAGUCAGUCAUUUCAUCGCUCUCUUCCUGCGGAUCUCAAAGUGAAAGUUUGGUUAAAGCACUUCUUCCUUGAAGCCCCAGUCUUUCCAAUCUCUACCUAAGUGUCCUUUGCUUUCUUCUCUCAGUGAUGCUUCCUUUCCUAAAAGAAGAAAAUUACAAAACCCUUGGUUUUGUCUUUUCCUGUCCUCAUUCCAUCCUCAAGUUGGAACUCCUGCUUCCUUGAUGUCACAGAUUCUUUGGUGCCCAAUCUCCUGUGUCCUCAGCACCCCCAUAAAUGGUCAUUGAUUCACUUCAUUUUGUAAGUGUAACAUUAAAGGCACAAAUGACUUCUUCCUGUGGAUCACUGCGUAUUACUAAUUGUCUGCAGAAGAACUCUAAUGCUGUGCUGAGAAUUGAAGGCCUUUGUGGAGCUCCACGACAGAUCAUCAUUAGUAAGCUGAGGAGAGAGAGAGGAGCAUUUACUGGGGGCCUCUAUGGCAUCUCCUCCAUGCUAAUGCCUCGAGUCAAUCUCAAGGAAUAGGUGCCCAUUUAAAGCAACCCCAUUGGAAGAUGCCAAUUGUAACUGUCUGGCUGGGUAAAGCCCAGGGGAUGUUUGUAACUUGGGUAAAACUGAGGCAUUUCAUAGAAUCAAGAGGGAACAGCUUUAUUCUCUAAAUUCUGCAUUCUGAUCAUAUCCUCCUGGCAACAUGAGUCAGUUCAGCAAGUAUAGCCCCAGAUGGCAGUUUGAGGAAUUCCUUCUUGGAAACAUCAGUCCUUCUGUCAAGCCAGAAAAAAAUUUGUUAGUCCUUUAAAACUUAUGAUACUUUUCUAUUUUUGUUGUACUAGUGGGAUUAUUUGUGCUUCCCUAGCCCAACAUUUUUAAAAUU